UGGAUGCAAAGAUAUGAUAAGAUUUACAAUAAAUGCACUCUCACCCAAAGAAACUAUCCAUUCAGUCGACAACAUGGGAUUUAAAAGUUUGAUCGUUGUGUCUGCACUUUUGGUUGCCGUUUUUGGCAAAUCCAUCGAAACACCAAAAGUCAAAAGUGACGUACAUAACAUUGACUUAUGUACAGGAAACGCAAAUAAACUGGUAUACCAAACUCAAGUGAUCGAUGAAGGUAAACUUUUCCAAACACUUUCUGAAGUUAGAAAAUAUCCAUCGGAAGGAGUUAUAAAUAAUGCUAAGAUUACUUGUAUUUAUGUUGACGACUUGAUUGGAAACGGUGAGGGUGGUUAUCCCACAAUCACAGAUGGUGGCAUUGGAGCCACCCAUGUGACUAUCAAAAUGGUAUCACAAUGGUCGAAGGGAAUGGCGUUCAUUAUUUCAAUAUACACUGAAUAAAAUUGUUUUUCAUAUUAAUAUAAUUUUAAAAUAUGUUUUAAUUAAUAAAUUGGAACAAUAAAAAUUAAA